CCCGGGCACCUGGGUCCGCGGCGACGGGUCCCGCUGCGUACAGAGUUUUGCCUACCCGGGCGGCGUCGGCUAGCCCCCUCACCGGUUCCGUACGGCGUACCAACUAGUCCAUCUCUCGAACCUACCUAA